AUGCCGAUGCGCCUGGACGAGGGGUGGAACCAGAUCCAGUUCAACUUAGCGGACUUCACACGGCGCGCGUACGGGACUAAUUACCUGGAGACCCUGCGGGUGCAGCUGCACGCCAACUGCCGCGUCCGCCGGCUGUACUUCAGUGACCGCCUUUACUCGGAGGAGGAGCUGCCACCGGAGUUCAAGCUGUUCCUUCCCAUCUCCCAGCAGCAGCCGACGCAACAGCAGCAGCAGCAGCAGGCACAGCCACAACAACAACAACAACAACAGCAGCAGGCGCAGCCGCAACAGGCACAGCCGCAACAGGCGCAGCCGCAGGAGGCUGGAGCAAGUAUGCAGCAGCAGCAGCAGCAGCAACAACAACAACAACAGCAACCGCGGCCUGACGCACAGGCACAGGCACAGGCGCCGCAGCAACAGGCGCCGCCAACGCCACAGCAGCAAGAGGAGUCGGCGGGAAUGCAGCAGCAGCAACAGCAGCCCGCUGAGGCGGCGUAG